CGGGCCUCGUACGGCCGAUCCUCCAUCCUGGCACUUACCUUCAUCCUGGUAACUCACAAGUCCCCGGACCAAAAACAGGAAGUGCAUGAUGAGCUCAGCAUCCGAGGACAAGGAAGCACCAGGGUUAGAAACGGUCAACUCUGUUACUCUUACACAGGACAGUGAUGGGAGCAUCAUACUGCACUGUCCACCUAACGAUGAGGACUCGGAGCCCCUUCAGAAGAAAUUGCGUGUCUCCUCCACAGAUGAACCAGAAGACUCAGACACACCUCAGUUCUCUGUGGUCACUUUACCAAUGUCAGAGAAUGAUGGGAGCUUUGAGGUGACCAUGACGACCGCAGACGGUGAUCUGUCAGAGGACAGCGUCGCACAGAUUCAGAUCUUGCAGGAGGAUGAAGAUUCUCUGUCUCCUGGUCAAAGAACAGACGUUUCACCUGUCAGUCAGGCCUGGUUCACCACAAAAGAAGACAAAGACACACUGGCUAACAAAGGUCACAAGUGGAAGCAGGGCAUGUGGUCUAAAGAGGAGAUUGACAUUCUGAUGAGUAACAUCGAACGAUAUGUGAAGGGCCGAGGUAUCGAAGAUCCAGCUGAAAUCAUUUUUGAGAUGUCCAAAGAAGAGCGGAAGGAUUUUUACCGCUCAGUGGCCUGGGGUCUGAACAGGCCUCUGUUCGCUGUUUACAGACGAGUUCUACGAAUGUACGACAACCGGAACCACGUUGGCAAGUAUAAACCUGAUGAAAUAGAGAAGUUAAAAGCGCUGAGGGAGAAACAUGGAAACGACUGGGCAACGAUUGGUGCAGCUCUGGGUCGUAGCGCCUCGUCGGUCAAAGACCGCUGCCGGCUAAUGAAGGACACAUGCAACACAGGUAAAUGGACUGAGGAGGAAGAGCGUCGCCUUGCUGAGGUUGUUUAUGAGAUGGCGGGCGUGUCACCAGGGUCAGCGGUUACCGGGGGCGUUUCCUGGGCGUCGGUGGCCGAUCAGGUUCGCACCCGCUCAGAGAAACAGUGUCGAUCAAAAUGGCUGAACUACCUGAACUGGAAACACUGUGGAGGAACAGAAUGGACGAAGGAGGAUGACCUGAACCUCAUACACACCAUAUCGGAGCUCCAGGUGGAGGAUGAGAAUGAAAUAAACUGGGAGGAUCUGGCGGGUGGAUGGAGCAGCGUCCGGUCGCCUCAGUGGCUGCGAUCCAAGUGGUGGAGCAUAAAGAGACAAGUAGCUAAUCACAAGGAGAUCCCUUUCAGCGUCCUUCUGAAGGGUCUCCAUGAGCUGAUGGCAUCCUUGCAGGCAGCGUCCGGACCUGGAAGCCCUUCCUCUUCCUCUUCUUCCUCGCUCCAGAUCCGACUCACCCGGUUGGAGGAGAGCGGCAGUAGCCCCGCCCCCAGCUCUGUGGCGGCUUUGCAGAUUCCUGUCCAGAUCCCCCUGCAGAUUACACACCUUACGUCAGAUUCAUCAUCAGCAGCCAGUGACAGUGAAACCAUCACCCUGAACACCGGCGCCCUGCAGACCUUUGAGAUCCUGCCUUCAUUUCACCUGCAGCCCACUGGAACACCUGGGACAUACUACCUCCAAACAACAUCCAAUCAGGGUCUACCGCUCAGUCUCUCCACCAAUCAGGGCCUUCCGCUCAGCUUGGCCAAUAACAAUACAGUUACCCUGACAACGGGCUCCUCACCCUCCUCACAUGAACACAUCAUCCUUCACAGCCUGUCGACGGACGGCCUCUGCUCCAGCGAUGGCGUCAUCAUCCAAACAGUCACCUCUGACCCCACCUCCACAGACCCGCUCAGCCAGUCCCAGCUGGUUGUGGGGACGGAGGAGAGGGCCCAGGACGAUCAUCUGGAUGCUACAAGUCUCCUGGAUGCAUCAGAGAGCGUUGUCACGGAAACUCAGGAGCCAGGGACGGAUAACUUUACUGAUAAGGAGUUGAGUUCCUCUUCAGUGGAGGGUUCAGUGGUGCACUCUGAGAUAACGUCUGGCAGUGCUGUACUCAUUGUUUCUCCUCCCAACAUUAGCAGUACACUAACAGAUCCGAUCCUGGAAAACCAGGAAGGCUCCGACUGAAUCGUACCCUCAUCACAGCGGUCCAACAAUACCACACUGUCACCGUCAUAAACCAGGAUGUGGACAUUUUGAUCAAACGACAUGAAAUGAUGGAAGUUUCAUUUGACUUUUAAGUAUAUUGAACCCCUGGAUCAAAUGUGAACACCGCCUAUCAGAAGGUCUCCAUACAACCUCCACUCACAGCAUCUGCAGUGCCAAAGAAACUCAACAUGUGAAUUGUUCAGAGCAGUGAAGAAAACUUCUAGAUGCUGCCCUCUUUUUCCUAGAGGUAACAUUGAGUCAGACUUCCCUUUAGAACUUUGUGAUCUUAAAUGAAGUACCAGAGCUUGAAAUGCAAUUAUAUGACUAAACGCAUCGGUCCUGGAUUCACUGAACUACGUUUACAAAGGAUUCUCCGCUCUCUGGAUUCAGUCUGUGCAGCAGAUGUUUUACUUUUCUGCAGGGAAAGGUACGAACACAGAACACUGUUACUGGAACUUUCCCAAAUGGAUCUUGGUAAAACAUUUCACUUCACUUCAUCCUGCUAUGCAAGAGUGAAGCUGGAAUAUCACCUCACCUGCUUCCUCCUGUUCUUCUGAUGGAGUGAUAGCAGCAGUUGGUUAUUACAGCUGUCAAUCAUGUCAAACCACAUGCCUUUUUAUAUUGUGAAUAAUUUAUUAAAAAUCCACAUCAGGUUUCAAUGAGAUGACUGCUGUUGAAAUGAAUGAUUUAGUCACAAAGAAUGACUUUAGUUUUAAAUGGGAAUUUACCCUCGCCUUAAAACAUCACAUUCAUACUUAUAAACAUGUUACACAGUCUGUGGCACAAAAACAGGGAUUAGCUCUCUUUUGCCAUGAACUGUGAUUAAAAAAAUAAACCAUUUUGGCUUUCACUUCUUUUUAUAGAAAUUACACCAAAAUAAUAAUCACACAGCGCCCCCUUGAGUCUAAAUCAAACUAGAGUUUUUGUUGUGACUGUUUAUUUUCAUUGGAUACACCAAAGAGGCUGUAAGGGUACAUAAGUGUUUAUUCCAUAAAAGAUUAAAAAAAAAAAAAGCUUGUCUUAAUCCGGAAGUCGUCACAAGGCCAACUCCUUUCAUGGUUGGUAUUUGUUUCCGUUAGCUCCCAGUCACUGUUGACAGUUGCAUGUUCACCUGUGUUACCCAAAGAUUUACUGUAAAACAUCUGUAAACAGACUACAGCUGCAAGAAAACAUUUAGAAGCUACAUGAGGCAAAAGGACACCUGCAGUGAGUUUAGUUUGAUAUAUUCCAGACUCAUCAGUCUCAAAACAUGUUAACAGAUGAGAUUAGCGUGAUUCUAUGUUUCUAUAUUUUUCUUAUCAACUAUCACAUAAGAAAACAAACUGACAGGAAGUACUGUUUAUAUCUGCACUUCUUCCCAUGCACCAUAUGUACAACUCCAUCUUUGUCCAAGUUGUAUUAAGAACAAAUCACUGAGCCCGUUCAUAAUGGUUAUCUGCAGCUGAAAAUGGUCCCACACAGAGUCACUAUUUUCUUCCACUAUUUUGUAUGAGAAAACUAAAUUAAGCAGUUGUUAGAAAAUGACUGAAUGUCUGCAAUUGAGCUGCUUGUGUGAGCUCCUUUUACAGACACAGGUAUGGAGGAGAUGAGCCUGGUCAUACAAAUGAAGGGAAGUCACAGCAGUUUUCAUGUGACUGACAAUAAAACAAAUGUACAGUGGAGUAG